AUGCCUUGGCUGUGCGGAAGGCUACCAUCGGAAUUAGACUCUACCCCUAAUUAUUUGAGGUACCUCCGUGGUCGAAAUAAGGAUACCUUCUCUAGGACCCUCAAAAUCUUCCAAGAAGCCAAGUUAAGAUAUUAUGGGACCAGUUUAGCCCUCGCCCUAGCCUUCAAGGAAUCAUCUUAUGAGUCCUUCCCCCCCUUAUGGAACCUAGUGGCUAACUUCUCUGGCGAUAUAGGCUGGGUUCCGGAUCUCUCGUUGGGGGGCGAUAGGCCAGCAUCUCCUUCGGUUCUCUUCGUGGCAGGUCUACCAGACGUAAGCUGCCAACAUCAUCAAAACACACAAAACAGCGAUCCAAAUCGCCCGCCACAUUCUCCGACUCGACAACCCAAGCUCAGCAGCAAAUCGACACGGGACCACACUAGCGUGCCUCCCCGAUGCGCUGACCUUGUCAAGGCCAAACCUCAAAGCUCCCCUAGACUGCCCGGGGCAGCCUGGCCUGAUAAGACUGCCAGAGCCAGAGAAGUUUUUCAGUUGCUUCUUGCUCUGACUACAGAGCAAUCUCACCAACAACGAGCGGGACUUCGAUCUUCUGGCUCAGUUACCCAUUAUGGGCUGGGCUUCGGCUACAACAAAGAACACAUUGACGAGCGAGACUUUAUCGAACACCAAGAACACCUCCUCUAUGAUUUCAUGCCAUUAAUCAGCCUUACAACUGGCCCGAUAGAAGCGCUUUGUCGCCAUGCGGUUGUGGAGCUGUGCAGUGGACAGGAUGCGUCGACUAUCUAUCCCAUGGGUUGCGGUCUUUCAUACGAAUUUCAGUACCCUUCAACUAGCGCAGACAGGGAUCCGGUCCCAAAAGCUCCUUGGCUGACCAGGAGAUGGCAGGGUGUUUUUGGGUGGGAAAUCCCAGCCAGCCAGCCGAGCGUUGGUUAUCCCAUUGACAGCUGA